CUCGUUUUUCUUACAAUGCAGCCAACCAUUUUUGAUUCAUAUAAACCACCAAUACACACUUAUAAAAAAAUCCAUCAACCACCACAGCCUGGUUGCCUCAUUCACCUCUCUCUUCCCUCCGUCCGGCCUACCGGAAAAACAAGAAUCUCAAUGGCUUCAAAUUUCCACUUUUUUCUCUUAUACCUUGUGACCCUUUUCCUUUUUGCUCAAGCAAGACUGAAUCUUUAUCCACAAGAUCAUGCUGCACUUUUGCUUGUUCAAAAAGACUUAGGCAUCAUUGCUCUUAACAACCCCUGUACGCUCGCAGGAAUAUCCUGCGAGCGUAGACCGGGUAACAGAACACAAGUUCUGAGAGUUACCCGUAUUGUAUUCAGAUCCAAUGGAUUGAAGGGAACUUUGUCUUCUGCUAUUGGCAAACUCUCUGAGCUCAAAGAGCUUUCUCUUUCCGACAAUCAACUAUCUGAACAAAUCCCAAUUCAGAUUCUUGAUUGUCGGAAAUUAGAGAUUCUUGAACUUCAAAGAAACAGAUUUUCUGGAAAGAUUCCGUAUGAAUUGUCAUCUUUAAACCGUUUAAGGGUAGUUGACUUUUCAUCGAAUGAGUUUUCUGGGAAUCUUGAUUUCUUGAAAUACUUUCCUAAUUUGGAAAAACUGUCUCUGGCUGAUAAUAUGUUCACUGGAAAAAUACCCUUUUCAUUGAAAUCUUUCAGGAAUCUUCGUUUCCUCAACAUUUCAGGGAAUAGUUUCCUUGAAGGUCCAGUACCUGUCAUGAGUCAAAUUGAGCAUUUAUCAGCAGAUUUGAAUCGAAACAAUGCCGUUCCCAAACGUUACAUUCUUGCUGAGAAUUCAACAAGGUCAAAUCAGAUAUCUGCAAUGGUGCCUGCUCCAGCUCCAGCACCGGUCAAUCGUGUUGUACCGGUGGUACAUAAACGUAACAAGAAGAAAAGGAAGUUAAGAUCUUGGUUUCUUGGUUUCCUAGCUGGAACUUUUGCUGGGGGUAUAUCUGCUGUGAUCUUUUCGUUGCUAUUCAAGCUCGUAAUGUUCUUCGUAAGAAGGGGAAAGAACGAUAGUUCAAGUUUAACGAUAUUUAGUCCGUUGAUCAAGAAAGCGGAGGACUUGGCUUUCUUAGAGAUGGAAGAUGGAGUGGCAUCACUUGAAAUGAUUGGAAAAGGUGGAUGUGGAGAAGUUUAUAGAGCCGAGUUACCGGGGAGUAAUGGGAAGAUUAUAGCUAUAAAGAAGAUUAUACAAUCCCCAAUGGAUGCUGCAGAGAUCACGGAGGAAGAUACUAAGGCGUUGAACAAGAAAAUGCGUCAAGUUAAAUCAGAAAUUCAAAUUGUAGGUCAAAUCAGACACCGGAAUCUGCUUCCAUUACUGGCGCAUAUGCCAAGGCCAGACUGUCAUUACUUGGUGUAUGAAUAUAUGAAAAAUGGGAGUUUACAGGAUAUCCUGCAGCAAGUCACAGAAGGCACAAGAGAAUUAGAUUGGUUGGGACGACACAGAAUUGCAGCGGGGGUAGCUGCUGGUCUUGAGUAUCUCCAUAUAAACCAUACUCAACGCAUAAUUCACAGAGAUCUAAAGCCAGCAAAUAUCCUACUUGAUGAUGACAUGGAAGCUCGAAUAGCUGAUUUUGGGCUUGCAAAGGCAGUUCCAGAUGCUCAUACACAUAUUACGACUUCAAAUGUUGCAGGAACUAUGGGAUAUAUUGCACCAGAAUAUUAUCAGACACUGAAGUUUACAGACAAGUGUGAUAUAUACAGCUUCGGUGUGGUGCUAGCUGUGUUGGUUAUCGGAAAGGGUCCAUCGGAUGAAUAUUUCCAACAUACUUCUGAGAUGAGUUUAGUUAAGUGGCUGAGAAAUGUAAUGACUUCUGAUGAUCCUAAAAUAGCAAUUGAUCCUAAGCUGAGAGGGAAUGGAUAUGAGGAGCAAAUGCUUUUGGUUCUCAAGAUAGCUUGCUUUUGUACUCUCGACAAUCCAAAGGAGAGGCCUAACAGUAAGGAUGUUAGGUGCAUGUUAACUCAGAUCAAGCAUUAGCUAAGUCAUACGGGGUAUACGUUGGUUAUGUAACUAAGAAUGUGUUCUGUAUUUCAGUUUUUGUUGUAAUUGUGUUAUACAUGUCAAAUCUUGUAUGUUUACUGCAGUGUUAAUAAUAUUAUUUCCACUUCGCUACUUAAA